CAAUUUUUUCAAUAGUUUCGACAAAAAGAGUUUUUCUGCCGAAAAUUCCGUUUUUCCCGCAGUAUUACGUAACUUUCCCUAUACUGCGUAAGCAGAGCGAGAAAGUAAAAUUGGAAAAGCUGUACUACUGUCAUAUUAAUUUGUGUUGUAUGCCGCACGAAAUGGAAUCAAGUAAUAUAAUUGAUUGUCGAUAAAUAAGAAAAUAUCGCUAUGGCAUUAUUUCCAGCUUAUUCAGCCUCAGCAAAAAAUGCAGAAAAAGAGUCUGCUUCAGCAGAAAAUACCAAAGAAGAAGUGUCACGUCCAGCAUGGUUAAAUAUAGAGAGUUUUCCUGUAAAUCUUGCUGAUAUUCCUUUGCCAAGUGAACCUCAACGUGUUCAUGAUGAGAGUGGAAGUUCUACGGAAGUGCCUGAUGUGGAAGUGCUCAGUGUUGAUACCAAAAAAAAUAAACAUCAUAAAAAGAAAGACAAAUUAAAGGAUUACAAAAGGGUGAAGACAGUAAAUGAAAGUGUUCAGAAAGAGUUCUUUGAAGACAAGAAUAGUGUAAGAGGAUACCUCACUGUGAAAACUCUCACUAGACCUCUUGUUCCACAAUAUUAUACCAAAUUUCGUAUUAUGGAAAACAUUUCAUAUCAAUUUAAGAAGAAAAGAAAAACAAAAAGAUACUUCAUGCAAGUCCUAGAACCUAAUGAGGAAACUGCAGAUCUGGAAAAUUGUAAGAAAUCUACUGAUAGUGAUAACAACUGGCAAAAUUUUCAUCUAGAAGAGGAGUUAUCGAAGAGAACCGCAGAUUUCAAUAAAACUUUGACUGAAGAACCAAACAAUAUAGAUAUUUGGUUAGAAUAUGUCAAAUUUCAGGAUGUUGUGCAGCAGUUUGAACAAAUGUAUCGUCGAGGAGGUAGUGCAAAAAGUUUACGAGUCACAACAGAAAGAAAAAUAUCAAUUCUGGAUAAAGCACUUACUGACAAUCCCCAAAAUGAAAGACUUCUUCAGGAAAGAUUCUGCAAUGCAGAGCGUUUAUAUCCUGCUGACACAUUAGCUCAACAACUACUACAAAUGGUUGAGAAAUCACCAGGCAGUAUUGUACUAUGGCGUGCUUAUAUUAGAGUAACGCAAGGCUCUCUAUCAUUAUGUAAUACAACAGCAGUUAUGAAAUUAUAUGAAAAGGGUAUGAAAAAAUUUCAUCAGUUAAGGAGAGGUGCACCAUCUGUCACUGUUUUUCCAAUGGAAUCUGGAAUUUUAGACUUGCUUCUUGAAUGCGGACUGUAUUUACGACAGGCUGGAUUGUGGGAACAAUUAUGGACAUUGCUGCGAAUUUACCUUGAGCUAAAUCUAGCCCAACCUGAUAGUGAUCUCUUUAAGUCAUCUAUAUCUGUUCCAGAAGAUCUAAUAACUGACCUUGAAGAAACAGUUCUCAACUCACAGCUACCAUUACCUGAAUUAUGGUACAGAAUAGAAAAACUUCGAGAAGCUGCCCAUUGGCUUCCAUGGUCAUCCGAGGUUGAAUGUGAAGAUCCACAACGUCUUGUUUUUGUAGAUGAUGUGUCAGAUAUGCUUCAUCCUAUUACCUCACCAAAACUCAGUAUUCGUCUUGCACUAAUUGUAAUGACACUUCUCAAGAUUCCUUGUCUUCCAUGGAGACAUACUACCAUGCUGUCUAUUGGGUUGCAUCAAGUGCCCUCCUUCUUAGAUGGUGUGGAGGUACUACUGACGAUGUAUUAUCCUCAACACACAUUGUUGUUGAAUGAUAAAACGUUUUUGCAAGGUGCUAUAAAUCUUGUGUAUGGUCCACAAUAUCUAACUAGCAGUUGGCCUGGUCAAGAGCAUUAUUUGGAGUUUGUGACAAAAGUUUUUCAUUCCUCUGCUAUAUGUUUAAAAGAACCUGCUAGAUCUGCAAUGUUUAUUUGGUGGCUUAGAUUUGAAAGAUUUCUAGUCAUUUUGGAUAACAUUGAACACUGUAAACUACCACCACAGAGGAAAAAGAAAAUAAAGUCAUCUAUCAAAGAAUUCCUUAAACGUGAUGAAAAUAGAAAUAAUGGUCUGUUUUAUGUAGAAUAUGCUCUGUUUGAAGUAGCAAUAAAUCAAGAAGAAAGUGCCUGUAAAGUGCUUACUACAGCAGUUGCAGCUCAAGGUGCUGCUCCUGUUAUAAGUAUUGCAUGUAAUCAGAAGAAAGGUGAACUUUGCCAAUUAUAUAGAACUUUAUGUGAAAUUCUCUUGCAUUCUCGUAAGGAAACUGACUAUGAUGAAAAGAAGAGGGAAACUAAAGUGCUUGCUGUACUGGCAGCUUUAGUUCUUGGCACUCCUGUAACAAAUUGGCAGUCAUCUGUUAUUAGUACUUCAGAGAGGGAAGUUGCAUCCAAUAAAUUUCGACAUAUAACCACUGAACUUCUUUUAGAAGUUAGUUCUGAGCUGGCCGAUGGAACAGAACACUUACUGCCAGACUUCAUAGUGGAUUGGAUAGCAUGCUAUGGUUGGUGGUUAUUACUUACACAAUCAGUUUGGGAAGCUGGUGUAAUAUUUGAGGAAGCUCUUCAGAAGUACCCUUCUGCCAAGUCACCGAGCACAACACCUGUGCUAAAGUCCACAUGCCAGCGAGAAGGAAUUUUUGAGAGCUAUGUGGGGUUAUUGUAUUACUACAGUAAAAAUAAUCCUGGUGUAUAUACAGUUUUGCAAGAUGUUCUACACAGAGGUCUUCAAGAGUUCCCUAAUAAUUUACAUCUACUUUCAAUAAUUGCGAAUAUUGAGACAACUGUUGGUUGCAAUGGAAGUUCCUGGUGGAAACUGACAAAAUAUUUCCAAGAAUCAAAUUGUUUAUUGGCACAGAUAUUUCAAAUUUUCUAUAUGCGGUAUCAAGGUGGAUUGCUACAAAUAGCUACUCAACAGAGCUAUGAAUUUUUAAAUGCAGGUGGACCAGUUGUUCCUGAUCCAAGUGUCAAAAACAGAUUAUCAUCUUUAUAUAAUAGAUUAUUAAAUGAUUCUUUGACAAAGAGAUGCUCUAUGUUGUGGCGUUUGUAUUUACGAUUUCUGGCAGAACACAGACAGGAUACAUCUUACCAUUCCAUAUUUUAUCGGGCAGUUGAAGAGUGCCCUUGGGUAAAAGUCUUGUACACUGAAGCUGUUAAGUUGUUGCCUGCAGAACUACCUCAACUUCAAGACCUUCUAAUAGAGAAAGAACUACGCAUUCAUGUAACUCCUGAUGAACUGGAUAUUCUUCGUCAAGAUCCAUCAGAAGUCAUCUAAAAAUAAGAGUGAAAGAAAUGACACUGUAUUUUCCACUGAGAAUACUGUUCAUGGUGAAAAACAAAAGCCGAGAAAAAUAUUUCAUUUCUGAUUAAGAACAUAUUGAUGACUUCACAAGAAUUGGAAAACAACUAAUUGUAUUAACUCCAUCGAUAUACAUAGCCUGUGUAUAAAAAUAUGGAAAUAUAAGUGAAACUCUCUGUUGUAUGAAAACUUCAAAAAUAUUAUUAUUUUGCUUUUUAUCACAUUUAUAACUUUGUUAAAGAAUACUGCAAGACAUUUAGUGACGUACAAAACAGGUUUCAUAUUUUCAGGGAGUCUUAACUCUACAAAUUUUUAAGCAAGAUAAAUUACUUCACAAUAUUUUUAUCAAUUUUUACUGCAAUGUUGUUACAACUAAAUGUUUUAUGAAACAUUUUGUUUGUAAUUAUUUGUUUCCUAAGUAUUUUUUGAAUUUGUAUUGCAGAACUCAAAAACUAGUUCAGUGUGCAUUGAUUUUGUAGAAAUUUCAAAUUUGAGCAUAAAGAAAAAAACCGUUGUAGUGUUUCGUAAUUUUUUCUUAUAUUUGUGAAAAACGAAACUAGAAGAAAAAUAUAAAAAUGUCUUAUGUUUGUGUGAAAGUCUUUUAAAGCAUUUCUGUGACUGUACUUUCUUGAUAUCUUGAAGGAACAUGAAUUUAUUAGGAAUAUGAAGAAAUUCUAUUAUAAAAUGGAGUGUAGUUUAUUAUUAUUAUUAUUAUUAUUAUUAUUA